AUGAACACACUCCUUAUUUUCACAUCACUAUCCGCACUUUUCCUCUCUGCUUCUGCUCAGCAAUGGUCUGCACAGCAAUUAGCAGCAUACCGUCAGCAACAAUAUUUCAACUGGCAAAGCAUUUCCUAUAGGAAUACUUUUGUCGAAGUCAGAUCAAAACUCGUCCUCAGAAGUAAUCGAGUCGCACAGCCAGAAGCCAACAACAAUACCAACCACCUGAAACAUGCAAAGCGUUUGAAACAUUAA